AUGGGAAACGUCCUCUUCCUUAUCGGUCUUACCCUCAUAAUCGGUGUCCAAAAAACAAUGGUGUUCUUCACCCGUCCCCAGAAACUCAAGGGGACAGCCGCCUUCGCUGCCGGUAUUCUUUUCAUCCUCUUCCGCUGGCCAUUGACCGGCUUCUUGAUUGAACUGUACGGCCUGUUCAUCCUCUUUGGUGAUUUCCUUGUCACUAUUGGACAAUUCGCUGGCAAUAUCCCUGUUAUUGGACCUUACAUCCAACGUGGGCUGGAGGUUCUUGCUGGUGGGAGGAGCAAUGCCGAACUUCCUGUAUAA